CGUGGCCCGUGUGCGGGCGGCGGCGCGGGAGGAGCGCGGAGCGGCAGCCGGUUCGGGCGGGUGGCAUCAUGGACGAGAAGGUGUUCACCAAGGAGCUGGACCAGUGGAUCGAGCAGCUGAAUGAGUGCAAGCAGCUGUCCGAGUCCCAGGUUAAGAGCCUCUGCGAGAAGGCUAAAGAAAUCCUGACAAAAGAAUCCAAUGUGCAAGAAGUUCGAUGUCCAGUCACUGUCUGUGGAGAUGUGCAUGGGCAAUUUCAUGAUCUCAUGGAACUGUUUAGAAUUGGUGGCAAAUCACCAGAUACAAAUUACUUGUUUAUGGGCGAUUAUGUUGACAGAGGAUACUAUUCAGUGGAAACAGUUACUCUGCUUGUAGCUCUUAAGGUUCGUUACCGUGAACGUAUCACCAUUCUUCGAGGAAAUCAUGAGAGCAGACAGAUCACACAAGUAUAUGGUUUCUACGAUGAGUGUUUAAGGAAAUAUGGAAAUGCAAAUGUUUGGAAGUAUUUUACAGACCUUUUUGACUAUCUUCCUCUCACUGCCUUGGUGGAUGGGCAGAUCUUCUGUCUACAUGGUGGCCUCUCACCAUCCAUAGAUACACUGGAUCACAUCAGAGCACUUGAUCGCCUACAAGAAGUUCCCCAUGAGGGUCCAAUGUGUGACUUGCUGUGGUCAGAUCCAGAUGACCGUGGAGGUUGGGGUAUAUCUCCUCGGGGAGCUGGUUACACCUUUGGGCAGGAUAUUUCUGAGACAUUUAAUCAUGCCAAUGGCCUCACGUUGGUGUCUAGAGCUCAUCAGCUGGUGAUGGAGGGAUAUAACUGGUGCCAUGACCGAAAUGUAGUAACGAUUUUCAGUGCUCCAAACUAUUGUUAUCGUUGUGGUAACCAAGCUGCAAUCAUGGAACUUGAUGAUACUCUAAAAUACUCUUUCUUGCAGUUUGACCCAGCACCUCGCAGAGGCGAGCCACAUGUUACUCGGCGUACCCCAGACUACUUCCUGUAAUGAAAUUUUAAACUUGUACAGUAUUGCCAUGAACCAUAUAUUGACCUAAUGGAUAUGGGAAGAGCAACAGUAACUCCACAAGUGUCAGAGAAUAGUUAACAUUCAAAAAAACUUGUUUUCACACGGACCAAAAAGAUGUGCCAUAUAAAAAUACAAAGCCUCCUGUCAUCAACAGCCGUGACCAC